GACGAACCCAACCCACUUCCCUCCCACUAUCUCUCACAGAGCUCCGUCGCCGGCGGCGGUUAGCUAUGUCGGAGAAACCGACAGGCCUCCCCCGUUUCCGCCGCUCUGUGAUGUAACUCCCCAUAUUCCCCGCUAAACAAAUUUCACCGCCGGCGCCGGCAAGAUUCAGUUCAUAAUUCCCUGAAUUUUUUUUCUGAUCUAAUUCGCAGCAGUUAUGAUGUCCUGCGUCUCGCCGUCGUUGUCGUCGCUCGACGACGGCCAGACGCACGAUGUCUAUCUCCACGGAGAUCUCCAUUUGACGAUCGUUGAGGCUCGACGGCUCCCGAACAUGGAUCUGCUCUCGGAGCGGCUACGGCUGUGCUUCACGGCGCUCGACACCUGCCGGAAGCCGUUCUCCGGCCGUAAGGGAAAGAAGAAGAGAAACGGCCGGAAGACCAACAUCAUCACCAGUGACCCUUACGUCACCGUCUGCGUCGCCGGAGCCCGGGUCGCCCGGACCCGGGUCAUACCCAACUCGCAGAACCCCAUUUGGAACGAGAACUUCCGGAUCCCGAUCGCCCACCCGGCUACCCACAUCGAGUUCCACGUCAAAGACGACGACGUCUUCGGCGCGGAUCUAAUCGGCAUCGCCGUCGUCCCCGUCGCGAGAAUCGCCGGGGGCGAACGAGUUAGGGAUUGGUUCCCAAUCGUCAGCUCACUCGGUGGUAAACCGCCAAAGCCCGACUGUGCGAUGCUGAUCGAGAUGCGAUUCGUGAAAUGCGAGGACAACCCGAUGUACAAAAUCGGUUCGGAUCACAACCCGAACUUGUACAGCAUCCGAGACUGCUACUUCCCGGCCCGACCCGGGAGCUCGUUGACCCUGUACCAGGACGCCCAUUGCCCCGACGGAUUGUUACCGGAGAUAAAAUUGGACGGCGGGAUGGCGUUCAAGCACGAGAAAUGCUGGGAGGAUAUCUGCCACGCCAUUCUGGAGGCGCAUCAUCUGGUUUAUGUGGUGGGUUGGUCGGUGUUUCAUAAGGUGAAAUUGAUUAGAGAGCCCACGAAGCCAUUGCCCAACGGCGGGAAUUUGAGCUUGGGGGAUUUGCUGAAGUAUAAAUCGCAGGAAGGGGUUAGGGUUCUUAUGCUGGUUUGGGAUGACAAGACUUCUCAUAACAAGUUCUUCAUUAACACGGCUGGAGUAAUGCAAACACAUGAUGAAGAGACUCGAAAGUUCUUCAAGCAUUCUUCAGUGAACUGCGUGCUGUCGCCUCGAUAUGCCAGCAGUAAGCUUAGCAUUUUCAAGCAACAGGCACGCUUUACACGGUGUUUCCCUCUUUUGUGUCAUCAUAUAUUCAAGCAUUCUCUCGUUUCUGUAAAGCAUGAGUUAGUUUUCCUUGGUACGAAUCAUGGUAGCCUAAAGGAUCUGAAGAUGGCUAGGAAGAUAGUUGUUGGGACUCUGUUCACUCACCAUCAGAAGUGUGUGAUCGUGGAUUCGCAAGCAUCUGGGAAUAACAGGAAGAUCACUGCAUUUCUUGGUGGUCUAGAUCUUUGUGAUGGCCGCUAUGACACUCCUGAACAUAGAUUGUUUCGUGAUGUUGACACUGUGUUUGAUGGCGAUUUCCAUAACCCGACUCUUCCUGUAGGGAUUAAGGGUCCUAGAGAACCAUGGCAUGAUCUGCACUGCAAAAUCGAAGGACCAGCUGCCUACGAUGUGCUGACAAAUUUCGAGCAGCGUUGGAAGAAAGCUGCGAAACUCAGGCGGUUCAAAACAGUGACCCAUUGGCAUGACGACUCCUUGAUUAAGUUGGAGAGAAUCUCUUGGAUACUUAGUCCUUCACCGUCGGUCUCAAUCGAUGACCCUUCACUGUGGGUGACUGAGGAGAAAGACCCUGAAAAAUGGAAUGUCCAGGUCUUUCGGUCUAUAGAUUCAGGGUCAUUAAAAGGAUUCCCCAAAGAUGUUUUCCAAGCAGAGGCUCAGAAUCUCGUGUGUGCUAAGAAUCUGGUGAUUGACCGAAGCAUUCAGACGGCUUAUAUUCAGGCAAUAAGAUCUGCCCAGCAUUUCGUGUAUAUUGAGAACCAGUACUUCAUUGGAUCCUCUUACUCUUGGCCAGCAUACAAAGAAGCCGGAGCGGAUAAUCUAAUUCCUAUGGAGCUGGCAUUGAAAAUCUGCAGCAAGAUAAGGGCAAAGGAGAGGUUUGCUGUUUACAUUGUCAUACCAAUGUGGCCGGAGGGCCUUCCUUCUUCUGCUUGUGUGCAAGAGAUUCUGUUUUGGCAGGGACAAACCAUGCAAAUGAUGUACAGACUGAUAGCAGAAGAGCUGGAAAACAUGAAGAUGGAGAAUGCCCAUCCUCAAGAUUACUUGAACUUCUUUUGUCUCGGAAACAGAGAACAACCCCCAAAAGACGAAUCUCCACCAAGUUCAAGCAGCAGCAAAAAUGCAAGCCCACCCGAAGUGACCUCGAGCUGCCAGAAGCACCAACGGUUUAUGAUCUACGUUCACGCGAAGGGGAUGAUAGUAGAUGAUGAGUACGUGAUCAUCGGAUCUGCAAAUAUCAACCAACGUUCCAUGGCUGGUUCGAGAGACACCGAGAUAGCAAUGGGUGGGUACCAGCCGAACCACACUUGGGGCAACAAGAAACGUCACCCCCGAGGCCAGGUCUAUGGAUACAGAAUGUCGCUAUGGGCAGAACACUUGGGAAAAUUACAUGACACGUACAAAGAGCCCGAAAAGCUAGACUGCGUGAAGGCAGUGAACAAGACGGCGGAAGAGAACUGGGAGAAGUUCACAUCAGAGAAGUUCAAGUCACUGCAAGGCCACAUCCUCAAGUAUCCUGUGCAGGUUGAUAAAAACGGCAAAGUGAAUCCUUUGCCGGGGCACGAAACUUUCCCUGACGUGGGUGGUAAAGUUCUUGGAGCUCGAACCACGCUUCCUGAUGCAUUGACUACUUGAAGAACUCCUUAUGAAGUUAAUCUAAACCCAGGUUCUCAACUUCUAACAUCUCUUAUUGAUUCAUUUGUUUGGCUCUGAUGGAAAGCAGGGGAGGGGGAGCUAUGUAUUAUAAUCAUUUCUUUGAUUCUUCUAUGUACCGUCUCUGUUAACAUAGAAAUGUUACUGAUUCCAAAUGUGUUUGUCAAGAAGAAAGAAAUAUAUGCAAUCUAGAGACUGUGUACUUGGCUAUUUAAUACAGGGGCUUGUGUGUGGAUUAGAAACUUAGUAUGAUCACCCUCGUUGUGUAGCCCGAUUGUGAAGGUACUGAUUUCCGUAGUCUCAUUCCUGGUUUGUAAUCUAUUGACUCCAACGUGAAGAACAUAGCUUAGUGAUUGCGGAAAUGGAGAUUAUGGGUUUAUUUGGGUUACUUAGGCAACACGGCAAAUCUACAAAUUGUGCAAGUGAAAUGAUGAUGAGCAGGCUGCAGGCAAACAACCAACACACCAUUUCAAACCCUUACACCAACCUCUCAAAUCUCAAUCGACUAUAUAUAUUCCAUCCAACAACAAAAGGAGCAAACAACAUGUCAAAGGGAGCCAUUUUACUCUGUUCUCAGUUAACAGUGACCUUGCCAACCAUGCCGGCGCCCUGGUGAGGCGAGCAGUAGAAUUUGUACUCUCCUUUCUCCGUCAGCGCCACCUUGUAAGUCUCCCCGGGUGCAUUCAGCAAGUCCUCCUCCGACAUCGAGAUCUUGGACGCGUCCACGCCGCUGGGGAUCUCGUCCUCGUCGAACACAAUGUUGUGGGGGAACCCUGCAUUGUUCUUGAACGUGAUGGUCUCGCCGGCGGCAACGGAGAACGUGCUGGGGACGAAUGCCAGCGAGCCGUCGUCGCCGCCGAGCAAGAUGUCGAUGGCCAUGGCGUUGCCCGCCAGCAUCGCUGUGGCGGCGGUGGCGGCCACCGCUACGCCGAGGUCCUUCAUCGAGGCCCUGAUGCCGCCGAAUUUCGGGGUGGCGACGGACAUCUUGGCGGUUGUGGCUACCGGGGCGGCCUUGGCCGACUUGAGGCCUGUGAAUGAUGGGAUGGCAACGGCUGCCGAGGUGACGGUGGCCAUAGCUAGAGGUAGAGAGAAGAAGAAGGUGGUUUCUGGUUUGUGUUCUGAAGUUUGGCCGCAAAAAUGGAAGGGAAAUAGAUGAGAUGGUGAGAUAUAAGAGACGGGACUUUGAGGGGAAUGGGGUGAGAUAUUGUUGAAGCUUUUCACGGUUUUGUGUGGUUCAGAAUGUGGGAUUGGAAUGGGAAGGAUGAAAUGGAUGUGAAGGGGAAUGGGCAAUGUGAAGAUUGAGCUUUAUCUUAUCAGAGAUGUUCUGAUUGGCUGGUUGAGGAUCCUGGUUGGUGACAUGGUAGGAGGAUGUGGCAUGUCAUGUGUACAUUAAAUGGUUGUCACGGUUUA